AUGUCUCUGAACGAAAAAGUCAUUCUCAUUACGGGCGGCUCCAAAGGCAUCGGCAAAGCCAUUGCUGAGCAGGCAGCCGCCCAGGGAGCCAAGGUUGUCAUCAACUAUGCCAGCGAUAACACUGCUGCGAACGACCUCGUCGAGAAGAUUGGUUCUGAAAAGGCCCUUGCUGUCCAGGCAGAUGUCUCGAGCGUCACUGAAAUCGAGAAGCUGGUCAAGAAAGCAGUCGAUAGAUUCGGCAAGAUUGAUGUGCUGAUUCCCAACGCUGCCGCUGCUCCCAUGAACGAUCUUGAAAGCACAACAGAACAGGAAUUCGAUCAGUCGUUCAACAUGAAUGUCAAAGGACCUUACUUUCUUGUUCAGAAAGCCGUCCCGCAUAUGCCGCGAGACGGGCGAGUGAUCCUGGUUUCCAGUGGUGUUCUGCACCAGUCCCAGGUCGCGCCCCGUUAUCUACUUUACGCUUCCACCAAGGGUUCCAUUGAGCAAAUGACACGGAUUUUGGCCAAGGAUCUUGGUGCCAAGUACGGAAUCACAGUCAACGCCAUUGCCCCGGGUCCUACUGCGACUGAAAUGUUCUUCAAGGGCAAAUCGCAGGAACUUAUUGACAGCAUCGCCAAUUUUAGCCCCUUGGGUCGUCUUGGUAGACCGGAGGAGAUUGCGGGUUUGGCGAUAUUCCUCGCUGGGCCAAACAGCUCGUGGGUUUCUGGGCAGGUCAUUGGGGCCAACGGAGGGUCAUUUGUCUAG